GGAGUGCAGCAGGCAGGAGGGCAGCCGAGGAUGCCCGGGGCACCCCAGGGAGUGCAGCAGGCAGGUGGGGAGCCGGGGGUGCCCGGAGCACCCCAGGGAGUGCAGCAGGCAGGAGGGCAGCCGGGGGUGCCCGGGGCAUCCCAGGGAGUGCAGCAGGCAGGAGGGCAGCCGAGGGUGCCCCGGGCACCCCAGGGAGUGCAGCAGGCAGGAGGGCAGCCGAGGGUGCCCGGGGGACCCCAGGGAGUGCAGCAGGUAGGAGGGCAGCCGAGGAUGCCCGGAGCACCCCAGGGAGAGCAGCAGCUAGGGGGGCAGCCGGGGGUGACCCGAGCACCCCAAUGCGAGCAGCAGGCAGGGGAGCAGCCGGGGGUGACCGGAGCACCCCAGGGAGUGCAGCAGGCAGGAGGGCAGCCGAUGGUGCCCGGGGAACCCCAGGGAGUGCAGCAGGCAGGAGGGCAGCCGAGGGUGCCCGGAGCACCCCAGGGAGAGCAGCAGGCAGGGGGGCAGCCGGGGGUGACCGGGGCACCCCAGGGAGCGCAGCAGCCAUGGGGGCAGCCGAGGGUGCCCUGGGCACCCCAAGGAGCGCAGCAAGCAGGGGGGCGAUCGAUGGACGACCAGGAGCAACAGUUGGAGGAGUGGUGUCGACUUUUGGAGUUUGAUACCCCCAUGGCGACUGCGGAGGAGUCAGAGGCGGACGAAGAAGCUCCCAUGCCGCCUUCCCCAUGCCCCCGCUUUCCGUGUGACACGUGUUUCCACACUUUCGCUACGCGAGGGGCCGCUGCGAACCACAUGAGGGUAUGCCGGGCGGCUGAGGCGGAGAGGCGUGCACAGGCUCUCGGCUCGAUUCUAUCUCUGGUGGAGACCGACACGCAGGAGCGAUCGACGCCGCGGGAAUUUGGGGACGAGGCGUGGGCUGGGGUUACGUCAUGGGAAUGGGAAACUUUUUUCAGUGUGGAGGUGGUUGGAGGGAGGACAGUGCGCCGGAUCCCACAGCGGGCCAGGCAUAGGUCAGAAGGCGCUGAUCACAGAGCGGUUGGGUGCGUUCUGGGAGGGGAGGUGGAGGGAGCUGUCCGACUCUGCCAUGGUGGCGGCGCGGCCAGCAGUUCGCCCACUUUCCUACACUUGCUCUGA